UUCCGCUUGAGAAUGGGUUUAUUGUGGCGCAGCUAUGGACUUUUUGCUGUGGUUACGCUGAUGGGCGUGUUGGCCCAGUACGAAUGGCAACCAAAGGACGCGUUCGAUGAAAUAAAGAUACGCUUCGAUAAGGUGAACGCCGACAACUGUCCCAUUCUACCGCCGAGGGAUUUAACCUUGCCCGAGGAAAGCGUUUCCCAUCUACCGGACAUCAAGGAUGUAAACAUUAAUCCGGUCUUCCCCAACCGAACGGCCCUGCUGCACCUGCAUAACAUGGCACUGAGUCGUGCGUUCUUCUGGAGCUACAUCUUGCAGAGUCGUUUCAUCCGGCCAGCCAUCAAUGAUACGUACGAUCCCGGUAUGAUGUACUACUUCUUGUCGACCGUCGCGGACGUAUCCGCCAACAGGCACAUUAACGCUUCCGCCAUCUACUUUGCACCCAACUCAUCGUUUUCGUCCUCGUACCGCGGGUUCUUCAACAAGACGUUCCCCCGCUUUGCACCCCGUACCUACCGGGAGGAUGAUUUUAACGAUCCAAUUCAUCUGCAGAAAAUUUCCACCUUAAACACGUUCUAUGUGCGCGAUCUCGGUGCAUUCCCACCGGAUUCGGCACUGCACGAUUAUACGAUCAAGAACUAUCACAUAAACGAGUGGUACAAUCUGUGGCUGCCGGACGAUGUAGACAAGCGGCACGAUACGAAAACGACGUAUCAGGUGGAAAUUCGGUACGCCAACAAUACGAACGAAACGUUCACGUUUCAUGGGCCGCCAGGUGCGGACGAAAAUCCGGGUCCGGUGAAAUUUACCAAACCGUACUUUGAUUGCCGUCGGUCAAACAAGUGGCUGGUGGCGGCUGUCACUCCGAUUGCCGAUAUUUAUCCGCGACACACACAGUUCCGGCACAUUGAAUAUCCGACGUACACGGCAGUUUCGGUGUUGGAAAUGGAUUUCGAACGAAUCGAUAUAAACCAAUGUCCGAAGGGUGAAGGUAACAAGGGUCCAAACGUAUUCGCGGACACGGCACGCUGCAAGAAGGAAACGACUGAGUGCGAACCGAUCGAUGGGUGGGGAUUCCGGCGCGGUGGCUAUCAGUGUCGAUGUAAGCCGGGUUAUCGCUUACCGGGCGUUGUAAGGAGGCCCUACCUGGGGGAGAUACUGGAGCGUGCAUCCGACGAGCAGUUUUACAAUGGGUUCGAUUGUAAGAAAAUUGGAUGGAUUCAAAAGGUGCCGAUCAAAUGGUUCCGGGCACCGACGUACGUGCGCGAACAGUAUCUCAACCGGUACUACGAGUAUAAGAACUACACGACCGGUCCGAGCUCGCUUCACUCUCACAAGCUAAACAUAAACGAGGUCCUGAAGUUCAUUUUGGGCGUAAAUGAACGCUCGUGCAAAAACUACCACCCGCAGGAUCUGAUGCUAACGGGCGAGUUUGCCUACGAAGCACAAAAACAGUUCGAAAAUGAAGCUAAAAUGGCAAUCCGUUUGGCGAACUUUAUCAGUGCCUUUCUUCAGAUAUCGGACCCGACCGAAGUUUACUCGGGCAAACGGGUAGCCGACAAACCGUUGACCGAAGAUCAAAUGAUGGGUGAAACGUUGGCGCUAGUUCUGGGUAAUACACGCAUCUGGUCGGCCUCUACGCUGUGGGAUCGGCGCAAAUUCCCCAACCGUACCCUGUUCGGACCGUACGCGUACAAGCGCGAGCUGAACACGCGCAAAUUCAACAUGGAAGAUUUGGCCCGGUACAACAAAACGGGCGAAGGGUACAUCGAUAAACCGUUCUUCCGGCUGCUGAAACAGCGGUGGGCCACGAAUUUCGAUUCGCUCGAAAAGUACUACCUUAAGAUACGGUUGCGCCACAAUGAGACGGGCGAGUAUGCGCAACGGUACGAGCAUUAUCCGAACUUUUACCACGCGGCCACAAUGGAUCAUGGCUAUUGGACGACGCCCGAGUACGACUGCAAGGGAUACGUGAAAAAAUGGCUCAUAACGUACGCGGUACCAUUCUUCGGCUGGGACAGUCUGAAGGCGAAGCUGGAAUUCAAGGGAAUCGUUGCAGUUUCAAUGAACAUGCUCCAGCUGGAUAUCAACCAAUGUCCGGAUGAUUAUUACGAGCCGAAUGCAUUCAAAAACACUCACAAAUGCGACGAGAAGUCUUCAUACUGUGUCCCGAUACUAGGCCGUGGGUACGAAACGGGCGGAUAUAAGUGCGAGUGUCUGCAAGGGUUCGAAUAUCCGUACGAGGAUCUGAUCACCUACUACGACGGGCAGCUGGUCGAGGCCGAGUUUGAGAACAUUGUGAAUGAUAAGGAAUCGCGGUUCGAAACGUUCAAGUGCCGCCUGGCUGGAGCAGCCGCACUGCAGGUGCAGUUUACCAUACUGGCCUUUGUCAUGCUGGUCGGUUGGAUUAUGCUGCGCCGCAAUCAGUGUUAGUAUGAUGAAAGAGGAGGUUUUAUUUUAAGUAGA